CUAUCCAAUCCUAAUACUCAACCAACUCUUUUAGUAACUCAAACUUAUAAUUCUCUCUCCUUUUCUUCUUUGUGAAUUCAAUUCAACCUUUGGCUUUCAAAAUUUCAAAGAAAUCACAAUGGUGAAAAUAGGUUUUGGUAGCUUUGGUGACUCUUUGAGUGUUGCAUCGAUUAAGAGUUACGUGGCUGAAUUUAUCGCUACACUUCUUUUUGUUUUUGCCGGUGUUGGCUCUGCCAUUGCUUAUAACAAGCUUACGUCCGACGCGGAUCUGGACCCAGCGGGCCUGGUGGCAGUGGCAGUAGCUCAUGCAUUCGCACUGUUCGUGGGAGUGUCCAUGGCAGCUAAUGUCUCCGGUGGCCAUCUAAAUCCGGCUGUCACAUUCGGAUUGGCCAUUGGAGGCAACAUCACCAUCAUAACCGGCCUCUUCUAUUGGAUUGCACAAUGUCUUGGCUCCAUCGUCGCUUGUCUCCUCCUUAAAUUCGUUACCGGUGGCUUGUCUAUCCCCACUCAUGGGGUUGCAUCUGGAAUGGGUGCAAUUCAAGGGGUAGUAAUGGAAAUUAUCAUAACCUUUGGACUGGUGUACACUGUGUAUGCCACAGCUGCAGAUCCCAAAAAGGGCUCAUUGGGGGUAAUCGCCCCCAUUGCAAUUGGGUUCAUUGUGGGGGCCAACAUUUUAGCAGCCGGCCCAUUUAGCGGUGGAUCGAUGAACCCGGCCCGAUCAUUUGGACCCGCUGUUGCAAGCGCUGACUUUUCACAAAACUGGAUCUAUUGGGUGGGCCCACUUAUCGGUGGCGGGCUAGCGGGUCUAGUAUAUGGUGAUAUUUUUAUUGGAACUCAUUCUCCAAUCCCAAAUUCCGAGGAUUAUGCAUAAAUCUGAAAUAUUUCUAUUUGUUUAAUGUAUUUUUCUUUUUUUAAAUAAUUGUGGUUCUUUUUUUUUUUUUUUUUUUUUUUUUUUUUUAUAUGGUGUUUUGUUAAAUAUUAUAAAAGUUGUGUAAGUUCUAUUUUGUGCUCAACAAAAGAGCUGUGUGUUUCGCGAACUUCAAAUAAAUUAAAAAUGUGAAUAAGUCAUAGUUUAUUGUGUCUA